CGAUAAAUAAAAUAAAAUAAAAAACAAAAUUCUGAGAAAAGAGAAAACUUCUUCUUCGUGGCUUAACCAUUUUCUUCUUUCUUCCCUUCCCUUCUGCUCCGUGUCACUGUUUGAAUCUGAUUGUCUCCGUUUCCCUUUUUCCCACGAAUCAGAUUCUUUAUCCCGUUUUAGAUUUUGAAAUCGCAACGGGAAGCAAUCUCGUAUCUCUUCAAAAUCUCCAUCUCUGUCGUGUAGUGGCAAUUCAGAUUUUUCGAUCGAUUAAGGAAGCUACGGAUUCGAUUCUUGAUUCAGAUUUAAUAUUAAUCCCACCGAUUUGGCGAGAAAACGAGUAGGACAUGGCGAAGCGUGGAUAUAAGCUGCAGGAGUUUUUGGCACAUUCUGCAAAUGUAAAUUGCCUGAGUAUCGGAAAGAAGACAUCACGGCUUCUUAUAACUGGCGGUGAUGAUUACAAGGUUAACCUUUGGGCCAUCGGAAAGCCUACUUCUUUAAUGAGUUUAUGUGGACAUACUAGUGAAGUGGAUUCAGUAGCUUUUGACUCGGCUGAAGUUUUGGUGCUUGCUGGAGCUUCUUCGGGUCUGAUAAAGCUGUGGGAUUUAGAAGAAGCAAAGAUGGUUCGAGCUUUUACUGGACAUAGAUCUAGUUGUUCUGCUGUUGAAUUUCAUCCCUUUGGUGAAUUUUUGGCAUCCGGAUCAAGUGACACGAAUUUGAAGAUUUGGGACAACAGAAAGAAGGGAUGCAUACAGACGUACAAGGGUCAUACUCGUGGCAUCAACACUAUCAAAUUUAGUCCUGAUGGUCGUUGGGUAGUGACAGGAGGACUUGACAAUGCUGUAAAGGUAUGGGAUUUGACUGCUGGAAAGAUUAUACAUGAUUUUAAGUUUCAUGAAGGAUCUAUCCGUUCGCUAGACUUCCACCCACUUGAGUUCCUCUUAGCCACUGGUUCUGCUGACAGGACAGUAAAGUUUUGGGAUUUAGAAACGUUUGAAUUGAUUGGAUCUACCCGACCAGAGGAUACUGGAGUUCGUUCAAUCAAAUUUCAUCCAGAUGGGCGAACCCUCUUCUGUGGUUUGGAUGAUGGCUUAAAGGUUUACUCAUGGGAGCCAGUGGUUUGUCAUGAUAGUGUUGAUAUGGGAUGGUCAACGCUUGGUGACUUAUGCAUCAGCGAAGGGAAGCUCAUGGGCUGUUCAUACUACCAAAAUUCCGUAGGGAUUUGGGUCUCAGAUAUAUCACAGAUUGAACCAUAUGGCAUUAGAUCUGCGGAUAAAAAGGAAUGCGUGGAGAAAGUACUCAGUGUUCUGGACGAUCAGUCUUCCGAAAGAGGACGGAGUGGCCCCAGGCGCAGCUCAUCUCCAGAUUAUGAUACAAAAGAGAUCAAAAACAUAUACAUCGACUCCACAGGUGGAAAUUCAACUGUUGCAGAUAAGCCAGAAUCACUAAGUACUUCUAAAGUCAAUGCAACAUCUACUGGACAAGCUGGGAAUAAGUCUUUCGUAGUGCAUAGUGAUGCUGGGAAAGACUCUUCUGAUUCAGGAAGGGAAUCUAUCACUUUCUCAAAAACGAAGCCAGGCAUGCUACUGAGACCAGCUCAUGUAAGAAAAACGCCAACAAAGCAGUCAGUGGCUGUUCAAUCUAAUACUCCGAAACAGAGCGGAUCGGACGGUGAGAAAACGCUGGAUACUAAGACUGUUCUUGAUUCAGAAGAGAGUGGUAGAAAACCAUUUGAUGCCAGUGAUUCCAUCAUCAAGAGUAUAACCAGCAAGUUUGAAAAAGCUUUGUUUCCAGAAUCAUCAACUGAUGAAGCGAAAUCUAUGCUACCGAAACCGCCUCGCGUGCAGAGAUCACCAAAUACUAAGUACAAUGAGACAAGAUGGGCGGUGUCUGUUGAUUCUGAAACUUUAGACAGCAAACAAAGUGGUUUAGAGAAAUCGGGAGACACAGACUUGCCAAAAGAGCUUGCGGAUGACAGAGGUUGUAACCCGACUGAGGAGGAUGCCAAUGAUAAGAUCAUUUUAAGCAAGCCAGAACGAGUUCUAUCACCAGAGAAAGCUGAUGAUGAACAGAAAAGCACUGAGACCCCUGGAGGUAGCAACGAAUCAGACUCCGUGAAGGUUGUUAGAGGAGUAAAAGUUGUUUCCGGGAGGACACGGUCAUUGGUUGAGAGGUUUGAGAGAAGAGAAACAAUUACUCCUUCGGAAGAAGAUAAAGCAGCCAGCGCAGCAACAGUUCAGAGCACUAAUGCAGUGGAGGAAGAGGCCAAAUCAGCAUCGUUACCAGGAGUUAGCACGACGCCUACACAGGUUAUGCCAGUUAAACUUGAUGAGGCAACUAACUUGACCCCAGUUGAAGCUCCUGCGGUAUCAACACGACGACCUAGGAAUAUUCCAGCCAGAGUAAUGCCUGUGGUUCUUGGUCGGGACGAAAACAUGACAACUGAUGCACCUUCUGUAACAUUAACACGACCUGAUAGGAGUUCGGCUGCUAAUUUGACAUCUGAUGAGUCUCCUGUAACAUCAACACGACAAGCUAGGCCUUCUCCAGCCCCGGUUUUGCCUGUGGUACCCAAUCAGACAACAAAAAUGACAUCUGAUGACCCUCCUGUAUCAUCAACACGGUCUGAUAGGAGUUCGUCUGCUAAUUCGGCAUCUGAUGAGUCUCCUGUAACAUCAACACGACAAGGGACUCCUCCAGCCUCAGUUACGCCUCUGAUACUCAAUCGGAGUCGGUCAACUAACAUGAAACCCGAUGAGCCUCAUGUAAUAACAAGAAGACCACUGAGGAGUUCUUCUGCGAGGAGUUCUUCAGCGCGUGUAAGGCCUGUGAUGCUCAAUCAAACAACUAACACGCAUUAUGAGCGUCCUGUACAAUCAACACGAUCAGCUAGGACUUCACCAGCCCGUGUAAUACCUAUGCAACACAGUCAAGCAGAUGAUAUCCCGUCUUAUGAGCCUCCAGUUGCAGUAACACGGUCAGCUAGGAACUCGCCUGUUCGUGUAAUUCCUGCUAAAAUCGAUCAAGCAAAUAAUGUGACAUCGGAUGCAUCACAGAGAUCCAGGCACCGGUUUAGCCCAGCUCAAACGUUGGAAACACCUGCGGUUAUUGAUCAGGUGGCUGAUAUGACACUGGAUGAGGCAGAUAUAACACAAACUCAACCAGAUUAUGAUAUCUCGACCCAGAAGGAAGAGCCUCAAAUAUCUGGGAGGGAGAAUGAAGAUGACCUCAGUGAGACAGUAAUGCAAACUCAUAAUGAGGUCUUAAACACUCUUCAAUCUAGGUUGACAAAAUUACAGAUUGUAAGACAUUUUUGGGAGCGUAGCGAUAUUAAAGGCGCAAUCAUGGCCUUAAAAAAGCUGUCAGAUCACUCGGUUCAAGCAGAUGUGAUCAGUAUUCUAACAGAUAAACCAGAGAUUCUUACGCUGGAUCUGUUUUCGCUAUUAGCACCUGUCCUCACAGGCUUAUUGGGGAGCAGGACUGAAAGGCUUGUAAGUGUCUCCUUGGAAAUGCUCUUGAAGCUAGUAGCUGUGUUUGGUACUGUGGUACAAUCAACUGUUUCAGCAAGACGAUGUGUUGGCGUUGAUCUUCAUGCAGAAGAAAGGUUACAGAUCUGCCAAAGUUGUUCUGCGGAGUUGCAAAAGGUUCAAAAGAUCCUUCCACUACUCACCAGAAGAGGAGGUCUCAUAGCAAGAAAGGCUCAAGAACUAAACUUAGUUCUUCAGACACCUUAACUCCAGGUUCAUAUUCAAGACCACUCAUUAUCACUUGCAAACUCUGUCCAUCUCCAAUCUGUAUAUUAUCAAGAACAGUCUCCAUGUUCCUUCCGGCGAUUUGGCAUCUGUUGCUUUAAAGAUUCCCUGAGAAGUCACAGUUUCUUGUGCCGGAUCUUUUGCGAUAGAAUCGCCCGGGAAUUCACGGAAAACACUUCUUCAAAAAUUCGGUAUAUGCUGUUGAUCUGUAUCUUAGAUUAAAGUUGUAAUGCUUCAGUUUCUUUAUUCAGUAAUUCACAAGUGUUUAGCUACAUUCUCUCUAUCUCCAUGUGAAUGGAAUGUGCAAUCUAAUGAGAAGGUACAUGAAUUUUUUACAUCUGGCAAUCUACUUUAGGUUUG